AUGUUGGGAUCUAACCGUGACACAAUUGAAAAGUUUAAAAAUGUAAACAUGUUUAUAAAUGCCGAUAUUAGCGUGGCGAUUUCCAAUCAGAAAAAGUCAAAUUGGACCGUGUUCGAUGUGUAUAAUCCGGCCUAUAAAAAUGGCGGGAAAUUGGUGGUAAGCGAAAUUGGUUAUUACAAUGAUGAUGAUGGUUACCGUGUGGGAGUGGAAGAUAAUAAAUAUUACAGAAGAAGAAAUAUGACUGGCGUUACAUUUAAAUCAGUAUUAGCUAUUCCGGAAGCUAUAAAUAUAAGUGUCGCCGAAUAUAUGGAGAGUGACGUAGGUAAGGAGAAAAACGUUUUUGGAAAGUUUCAAAGUGAAGUAAUAGAGAACUGUCGAAUCUUGUUCCGUUUUGAUGUAAAUAUGUCGUCCACGCGAUCUUGGGGUUACCUACUCCCCAACGGAGAAGUUGAUGGCCUGCCAAAAGUGCUACACGAAAAAAGGGCCGAUCUUAGUCACUCAGUAUUAGUAUUUAAGCCGUUCCGUUUAAAGUUUAUGGAUUACGGGCACGGAAGUUGGAUACUGAGGGUUCCAUUCAUCUUUAGACAUCCGAGAAGUACCGCCAGUUCUUCUAAAAUAUACUUACAACCGUUAGAGACAAACGUUUGGAUUGGAAUUCUAUUGGUUAUAGUACUAAUCAUAUUCAUUUUACGUAUCACAUUAGUGCACGAGCAUAAAAUAUUACGUCAAAGAUCAAAGCAAGGUGUACAAGAUCGUUCUUGGACCAUGUUGUUUAUUUACUGUAUAGGAGAGCUCGGACAACAAGGGUUUUCUAAUCUUCCUACCAUUGCCAGUACGAGAAUGGUAACCUUUACAGUUUUGAUAUUCUUCUUUAUGGUGUACCAAUUUUAUUCGUGUAGUAUUGUUUCCAAUCUACUAUUGGAACCCCCACGUACAAUCAAGACAUUAGAAGAUUUAUUAAAGAGCAAGCUGGAGGUUGGCUGCGAAGACACCCAGUAUGAUAGAAAUUAUUUUUCUACAACAACGAAUCCGGUUGCCAUUAGUCUGUACAACACAAAAAUGAAAGGUUCUCACAACGCAACCAACUUUUUUUCCGCUCAAGUAGGAAUGGACAAAGUUAAAGCAGGCGGAUUUGCUUUCCAUUCAGUAACUACAACUGCUUACUCCAUUAUCGAAACCCAGUUCCCAGAAGAAGCCAUCUGCCAACUGGCGGAAAUUCAAAUGUAUGCAAUUGAAACACUGUACAUGACGCUACCAAAAGGAUCGCCACUAAAAGAGAUGCUUAACUACUGCUCCGUUCACCAAAGUGAAGUCGGAGUUAUGUAUCGUGUAAAAAGUUAUUGGGAUUCCUGUAAGCCCAAUUGUAGAGAUAGCACCCCUUACCUUAAAAUUGAGGUUGGGAUAGAAGAAUCGUAUUGGGCUCUAAUUGUGUUGGGGGUCGGAUUAGUUCUUGCUUUACUUUUUUUGGUAGCCGAACACGGUUGGAAACGUUGGGGGCAUUGUGUCAGGGAGAAGUUCUCUAAACGGGCAUUUAAAUAAUGAAAGCUAUAAUUUCUUCUGCCUCACUUUAAAAUUGAUAGCGGGUAUUUAACUACAUAAUGGGUAUUUGCAAGCUUGCCAUGAGUCUAGUUCGAUCCAAUUUAUAAGCUAAUUCGUUUAUUGAAAUUUGUUCAUCACAUACACAAUAAUUAUAGUAGGGGUUAUAACGUAAAGAGCGUUAAUGCAUGGACAUAAUUAAUAUAAAUUGUUUGAUUUAAGUAGUAGGUAGGUAUUAAUUGCCUCUGAUUACACCGGUCUACAGCAUUUUUGCGC